AUCAUCCAUAUGUGUUUCGUUCUUAUUAAAUUUAUAUGACUCAUAAGUUCUGUAAAAACGGUAGUAUCGGGUCGGCAAUUAAAUUUUCCGCACCAAGAAUCGAUCCUUUCGUGAUUGUCUUUUGUUCAUCUGACAACGUGAAAAGAAUUGCUUAACAAGUCAAAGCCUCUCCACUCACCUUUCAAUCAGUUCGACCUAAUCAAAUCCCAAUUUCCAUAUAAACAUGUACUCCUUUCUGAAAAAUUUCCAAAUUAAUAUGUUCAAAAUUUCAACGGGUUUUAUUAGUGCCAUGGAGAUAAUGCUCGAAAACUGUCCGGCUCCAACAGUCGGGGAAAAAAAUUAUGAAACAGGUGUUUACAGAUCGGAGGAAACAGACAUGCCUGUGUCAAAGGAAGAGAUUAAGCAGCUGAUCGAAUCUGACGCAGUGGUGAUAUUUUCCAAGACGAAAUGUCCGUACUGUAAAAUGGCUAAAGAGGUGUUUAACAAGUUACAAAAGAAGUAUACUGCUAUCGAACUGGAUGAAUGGGAUAAUGGAGAUGAGAUUCAAACGAUAUUGGGUGAAAUGACUGGCGCUCGAACAGUACCCAGAGUGUUUGUUAAUGGAGUAUGUUUAGGAGGUGGAUCUGAUGUCAAAAAAUUAUAUGAUUCGGGAGAGUUACAGAAGAAAUUCUAAUAUGUAUAUAAUUUUUAACUUAUUCCCCAUAGAACUAAUAAUACUAAAUUUUAUUAA